AUGCCUUUGUCGUUAAAGCAAUCCAAUUAUGGACAGUUGCUUAAACACUUGAAAGAGCGCAACAUCAGCAAUUCAUUUGUUCGGAAGUUAAAUGACAAAGACGAAGAGGAGAUACGUAAGAAGGUAGUUAGUGCACUACAAAAAGGGAAGAAAAUUAAAGAGAACAAAGUUGCACAGAUCAUGCAACUUGUCUUUUGUAUAUUAAAAAAAGACACAAACAGAGAGUUAAUCACUUUGAUGGAGGAGAACAAAGUGACUCUUUCGACAUUGAAUUGCAUCCCCAAAAAGUCAACGAUAGUCAAACAGUUUUCCACGAUCCUUGAAGUGUUUUAUACUAUAAAAAGAGAUUACAACAAUGUUGACUCUAAUGUGUUUGACACAAUUAACACUAAUUCGGAAAUUCUGAGUUAUUUCACUUCUAUUGUAAAGUGCUGGAAAAUGAUUUCAAAAGUCGCAUUCAACAACAAAAAAUACACUAAUGAGGAACUUGGUGUGUUACAAAUUCUGUAUUACGAACAGUGUAGAUUCUAUUGUAAGACGUCAGACUGUAUCAUCAAGUUGACACCUUUGGUCCCUACCUUUGACAUCCUUGAAACACAAACACUCAAACAAAACGUGUCAAUGGUCGACGACUUGAAGUAUGAGUUACUCAAUGCUAAUAAAGACGAAAUAGUAAGAGAGCGAUAUGGGACAUUACCACCACAAAGCUAUUAUCAGUUGAGUCCAUUGACCUCAUUUUUAAAGCAACGCGCAGAGAAGAAGAUGAUGGGUAUCGAGUGUAAAAUGACGGAAGACGAAAUCGUGAACUACGCUCACCAGACGUCUUCCAACUUCCUGCAAAACAACAACAAAAUCAAUUUGUUCAUCUCAAGAAAGUACCAACCGAUAUAUUAUCUCCAACAACUCGCGUUACUUCACAAGAACAAUGCAAAGGAUUCCAGUGCUAUUGUUGAUGAGUUAUUCUAA